AAAAAUACCCUUGGCAAGCGUCGCCAGCAAAUAGAGGAAGGCGACAGACAGGAAGCGGCUCGGGGAGAUAUCGCGAGCCAAUGGACAGCGACGACGACCAGAUCCCCAUCGCCAUGCUGCGCAAGAAGAGCAAGCCUCCGACGCCCAAGGCCGCGUCGCCCUCGUCCAGACGCAAUGCCGCGCGCGUGGUGAAGAAGGAGAAGCCGCGCGUGAUCGACUCGGACUCGGACUCGGACAGCACGCCGCUGGUGCAGCUCAAGAAGAGGGCGUCGGCCGCCAAGAAGGCGUCGUCCAGCACCAGUAGCAGCAGUAAAAAGGCCAGCACAGACAAGAAGAAGGCUUCAGUGAAGAGGGAGACGGGCGUCAAGCGCAAGGCGUCAGCGGCCUCCGCGUCCUCCUCCGCCGCCUCCAAGAGCAGGAAGACCAAGGCCGGCUCGUCCGCGAGCGACAGCAAGGCCAGAGUCAAGAAGGAGAAGGGCGCCAAUGUGCGCAAGCUCAAGGUGCACUCCAAGGCCGAGCGCCUGGACAUGGCCAUCAAGGCCUAUCGCUGGUGGAACGCCGAGGAGCUGCCCGAGGGCAUCCAGUGGCGCACGCUAGAGCACAACGGCGUCAUGUUCCCGCCCCCGUACAAGCCCCACAACGUGCCUCUGGUGUACAAUGGCAAGGACAUCGAGCUCACCCCCAGCCAGGAAGAGAUUGCGAGCUUCUACGCCGCGAUCCCCAAGGACGGCCCCCAGCUGGGGAACCCCAAGACAGCCAAGAUCUUCAACAAGAACUUCUUCACGGACUUCAAGAAGGUGCUGGGCAAGCAGCAUGAGGUGAAGAACUUUGAGAGCUGCGAUUUUUCCAAGAUUGCGACAUAUUUGGAGAAGCUGAGGGAGGAGAAGAAGAGCAUGACGAAGGAGGAGAAGCAGCCGGAGAAAGAGAAGCGUGAGAUGGAAGUGUUCACUAAUGGCUUCGCGUUCGUCGAUGGCCAUCUAGAGAAGGUGGGCAACUUCCGUAUCGAGCCGCCUGGACUGUUCCGUGGACGUGGCGAACACCCGAAGACUGGUACGCUGAAGGAGCGUGUGAUGCCCGAGGAUGUGACGGUCAAUGUGGGUAUCUCGGACCGUGUGCCAAUUUGCAACGUGCCUGGCCACGCGUGGAAGCAAGUGAUUCACCGCGACACAGUGUCCUGGCUAGCAUACUGGAACGAAAAUGUGAUGGGCGGCAUCAAGUAUGUAUUCUUUGCGGCUAGCUCGAGCUUCAAGGGCAAGUCGGAUUUAGCCAAAUACGAGAAGGCCCGGCGACUGAAGAACUGCAUUGAUAAAAUUCGCCGGGACUACACAAAAGGCCUGCGCGCCAAGGAUAUGUUCACAAAGCAGCGCUCGACUGCGAUGUGGGUCAUUGAUGUGUUGGCACUGCGUGUGGGCAACGAGAAGGGAGAGGACGAGGCUGACACAGUGGGUUGCUGCAGUCUGCGUGUGGAGCACAUGUCCUUCAACGACGAGAACUGUGCUCUGACACUGUCGUUCCUCGGUAAAGACUCGAUGCCCUACAACAACACCGUCGAGCUGGCCCAAUACGGCGAUGUCGGCAAACUGGUGUACCAGAAUCUGCAGAAGUUCUGCGCCAAGAAGGACAAGAACGAGAAGGUUUUCCACGAGCUGUCCGUCACGGAGCUGAACAAGCAUUUGAGUUCGCUGAUGCCUGGACUCAGUGCGAAGGUGUUCCGUACGUUCAACGCGUCGUUCACUUUGGAGAAGGAGUUGCCCGGACCGUCAGGAAACGAGUUGGACCCUCAGGGCAAGAUGGAAGUCGCGCCGAAGGUCGUGCUGUACAAUGAUGCCAACCGUAAGGUUGCCAUUCUGUGUAAUCACCAGCGUACAGCGCCGAAGUCCUUCGAUACAACGCUUGACAAGAUGAACGCUCAGCUGGAUCAACUGAAGGACCAACUGAAGGAUCUGAAGCAAAUGCAGACGCUGAUUGCGAAGGGCAAGUCUAGCAGCAUCAAGCUGAAGAAGGAGAAGAAGGAGAAGCCGUCCGGCGACAAGGAUGAAGACGCUCUGGCAAAGAAAGCCCAGGCUCACUUGUUCCAGCGAACGCCUUCGGUAGACCAGGUAGCGAAGAAGAUUGAGAACUGGAAGAAGAAGAUCAAGGCGUUGUCCCUGCGGCUUCAAGACAAAACGGACAACAAGGAGGUCGCGCUCGGCACGUCCAAGCUCAACUACAUGGACCCACGCAUCACCGUCGCAUGGUGCAAAAGAAACGAAGUGCCGAUUUCAGCAGUGUUCUCUAAGACGCUGCGAGAGAAAUUCGUGUGGGCUAUGGACGUGGACCCCGACUGGGAGUUCUGA